AUUUUAUUUCAAACUUGACCAAAAGCAAUUAUUAUGCAUUUAUGGAAUUUCCUCAUUAAAAAAAAAAUUAUUAUGGUAUUUGGGUUUAUGAUUUUAACUUUAUGAUCUCCCGGCUAGUCUAAUCCAAAACGUUUUAAAAUCGAAUUGAUUUUUGGGCGGGCCCAAAACAAGGGCUAGAAAGGGGAGUUUAGUACAUUGACAAAAGCCAAUAACGUGGCCUGGUACAUCACCACACUUAUCUAUCCAAACACCACAAUUCUAAAUUUCAAUUCAGGCAACAAAAGAUAAGAGAUACAGAGAAACAAAGCAGUGAAAAUACAAGAGAAAAAAAAAUGGAGGAAAUGAAGCAAAUGGCAUACAAAGCAACUGCCAAGCUAAUGCUAGGCGCACAUGAAAGAAACUUGUUGCCUGAUGCUCUUAUUAGACGCCUUACUCGCCUUCUCUUAGCCAGUCGCCUUCGUUCUUCCUACAAAUCUUCUUCUCAACUUCAACUCUCUGAUCUUCUACACUUUGUUCAUUCUUUAAGAGAAAUGCCAAUAGCAAUUCAGACUGAUAAGGCAAAAACUCAACACUAUGAGCUCCCUACUUCCUUCUUCAAGCUUGUUCUAGGAAAGCAUCUCAAAUACAGUUGCUGUUAUUUUUCUGACAAGCAGACAAACCUAGAUGAUGCAGAGAAAGCAAUGUUAGAAUUAUAUUGUGAGAGGUCAGGGAUACAAGAUGGUCAUACUGUUCUUGAUGUUGGAUGUGGCUGGGGAUCGCUUGCUUUGUAUAUUGCACAAAAGUACAGUAACUGCAGGGUUACCGGAAUUUGCAAUUCAGUAACGCAGAAAGCACACAUUGAGGAUAGGUGCAGGGAUCUUCAGCUGGAAAACGUUGAGAUCAUAGUAGCAGAUAUAAGCACAUUUGACAUGGAGGGAUCUUAUGAUCUGAUACUGUCUAUCGAAAUGUUUGAGCACAUGAAGAAUUACAGAGAUCUUCUAAAGAAGAUAUCCAACUGGAUGAAACCUGAUGGCCUUCUAUUUGUUCAUUAUUUCUGUCAUAAAGCUUUUGCAUACCACUUUGAGGAUAUUAAUGAUGAUGACUGGAUCACUCGGUACUUCUUCACCGGAGGCACAAUGCCUGCUGCAAAUCUGCUCCUCUACUUUCAGGAUGAUGUCUCUAUUGUCAACCACUGGCUUGUAAAUGGGAAGCAUUACGCGCAAACAAGCGAGGAGUGGCUUAAAAGAAUGGACCGUAACUUGGCUUACAUAAGGCCAAUAAUGGAGUCGACUUAUGGCAGGGACUCAGCUCUAAAGUGGAUAGUAUAUUGGAGAACCUUCUUCAUAGCAGUGGCUGAGUUAUUUGGGUACAACAAUGGGGAAGAAUGGAUGGUUGCUCAUUUCCUAUUUAAGAAGAAAUGAGGUUGAUCAUGCAGCUUUUAUUCUCAUCCCAGCAGCAUCAAUGAGCAAUCAUAGGAAACAGAAGAGAAAGCUGAUUACCCCCCCACCCUUAACAUUGUAGUAAGAUUUAACUUUUCUAAGAGUUUUCACAUUGAUGAGUCGCUGCGUAUGGGGGCUGGGAAAGGACCGGGGGUAGAAACAAGCGACUGGGGAUGCAUCCAAUCAACCGACUUUAUAAAGUAUGGGGCUGCAAGAUUGUAACAGGUGUUAGUAAUGCUGCUCACUGUCAAUGAUUACCCUCUUGAAUCUUGAUUAGUGAAUUAAUCUCAUUCUUCAUCUACUCUGUUAAUUAUUUUAUUUAUCGUUUCUGAAUAAAAAGAAUGCAGACGAUUGGUAGACACAAUUGAGUUGUUUGGCAGAUUAAUGCCACAGAUUUGAAUUGUGACAGCCCAUGCUUUUGAAUAAUGAUUGAAUCAACUCAAAUG